AUUUGAUUAGAUUAAUUAAGAUUAGAUUAAGGUGUUAGGAUUAGAUUAAGGUGUUUUUACCUAAGAAAAAUGGUAUAAUAAAUAUUACAAUCGAAAAAAAGUGAAAUAGUUAUUUAAUGUAAAGUCUAUAAUGGCAAAUACGGGAGUUUUACCCUUCGUAAGAGGGGUAGAUUUUACCAGAAAUGAUUUUAGUGGUGAUAAAUUUCCUUACGCAGUGAAUUCUAUGACUGGCGUGCAAUGGUUGAAAUUAGAUCGCACAAAUUUAGAACAGAUCCCAAAAGAAAUGGGCAAUCUCCUAAAACUAGAACAUCUUUCAUUAACCAGAAACAAUCUUGAAAAAUUAUAUGGUGAAUUGACUGAACUAAAUUGCUUGCGUACAUUAAAUCUACGGCACAAUAAAAUAAAAUCUUCAGGUAUACCAGUAGAACUUUUCCAUUUAGAUGAGCUCAGCACUUUAGACUUCAGCCACAAUAAUUUGAAAGAAGUUCCUGAAGGUCUAGAUAAAGCUAAAUCUUUAUUGGUUUUAAAUUUAAGCCAUAAUCACAUUGAAUCAAUCCCAAACUCACUCUUUAUAAACCUAACUGACCUGUUAUUUUUGGAUCUAAGUGACAAUAAUCUGGAAACAUUACCACCCCAAACGAGAAGACUUGCAAAUCUACAAACCUUGAUCUUAAAUAACAAUCCACUGGGCCACUUCCAACUAAGACAACUACCUUCAUUGCUGAAUUUGGAAACUCUACAUAUGAGAAACACACAAAGAAAUUUGAAUAACUUUCCAACAAAUUUAGAGAGUCUUAUUAAUCUUACUGAUAUUGAUUUGGCAGAGAAUAAUUUGCCAAAGGUACCUGAUUCCCUUUAUGCGUUACCAAAUCUUAAAAGGUUAAAUUUGAGUGAAAAUGAAAUUACUGAGUUAUCUUCAGCUUUGGAAGUUUGGCAAAAAUUGGAAACCCUUAACCUAUCUUACAAUCAAAUAACAGCUCUUCCUGCAUCUCUCUGUAAACUAGUAGCACUGAGGAGACUUUAUGUAAAUGACAAUCAAUUAGAUUUUGAAGGAAUUCCAUCUGGUAUUGGAAAACUUAGUAACUUGGAGCUCUUUUCAGCAGCGAAUAACAGAAUUGAAAUGAUUCCUGAAGGUCUAUGCAGAUGUGGUUCUUUAAAGAAACUUAAUCUUAGUUCAAAUCGCCUGAUAACUUUACCUGAUGCUGUUCAUCUUCUCACUGACUUAAUAAACUUGGACCUCAGAAACAAUCCAGACCUAAUCAUGCCUCCAAAGCCUGUGGAAGCCACUAGAGGUGCCGGUAUUGAAUUCUAUAACAUUGAUUUUUCUUUGCAAAACCAAUUGAGACUUGCAGGGGCACAUGUGCCAGUUCCAGCACCUGUUCAAAAUCCCAGUAAAGAUCCAAUAGCACGGAAAUUAAGACUGAGAAAAGGACGUAGGGAUCACGAAGAAGCUGACCAAGAUCAAGCAAAAAUUUUGAAGGGUAUGAAAGACAUAGCGAAAGAAAAGGAACAAAAUUUGCUUGAAGAUCCUAAGACUGAAUCAGUAAAGCCAAAACGCUGGGAUGAAUCUUUAGAAAAACCUCCACUGGACUAUUCAGAAUUUUUCGAAGAGGACGCCGGCCAGUUUCCUGGUUUAACAAUAUGGGAAAUAGAAAAUUUUCUUCCGAACAGAAUAGAUGAAGUAGCGUAUGGUAAAUUUUAUGAAGGAGAUUGUUAUAUCGUAUUAAAGACAUUUUUUGACGAAAACCAAUCGCUUUCGUGGCAGAUUUAUUUCUGGAUAGGAGAAAAGGCUUCGCUUGAUAAAAAGGCUUGUUCUGCGAUUCACGCUGUCAACUUAAGAAACUAUUUAAGAGCACAAUGCCGAACGAUUAGAGAAGAACAAGGUGAUGAAUCUGAUGAAUUUCUGGGACUGUUCGAUUCUCCUAUUACAUAUAUCGAAGGCGGUAGAACCUGUAGUGGAUUUUAUACUGUUGAGGAUAUGAACUUUGAAACAAGACUUUAUAGAGUCCACCCAGCAGGCCCUUCUAUCCAUUUGGAGCCAGUUUCUGUCAAUGUCGAUUCUUUGGAUCCUCGGUACGUUUUCAUUUUGGAUACUGGCGUAAAUAUCUUCGUGUGGAACGGAAAAAAGGCUAAAAAUACACUAAAAUCAAAAUCAAGACUCAUGUGCGAGAAGAUCAAUAAGAACGAAAGGAAAAAUAAAGCCGAAAUUUUAACCGAAGCGGCUGGCAGUGAAAGUAAGGACUUCUGGAUUAAUUUGGGUAUUGAAGAUGGUUCGCCACCCGAAGAACCACCUCAGGAACACGUGGACCAGGAUUUCGUAUCAGUUUCCCCACGACUUUAUCAAGUGCAAUUAGGAAUGGGUUAUUUAGAAUUACCUCAAGUGGAACUCCAACAAGGAAAACUAGUCAAUACAGCGUUAAUCAGCAAAAAUGUAUACAUAUUAGACUGUUACUUGGACGUAUUUGUAUGGAUCGGCAAAAAAUCUACACGGCUUGUAAAUGCAGCAGCUGUGAAAUUAUCUGAGGAAUUAUUUAAUAUGAUCGACAGACCUGAGUAUGCUCGGGUAACGAGAGUAAGAGAAGGAACUGAGAGUCAGAUAUUUAAAUCUAAAUUCAUCGGUUGGGAUGAGGUGAUAGCUGUAGAUUUCACACGAACAGCCGAGUCGGUCAAGAAGACCGGUGUCGACCUAAUCAAAUGGGCACAGAAACAAGAGACCAAGGCCGACCUCACCGCUCUGUUCACACCCAGACAACCGUCAAUGCCAUCAGCGGAAGCUCAACAACUUAUGGAAGAAUGGAACGAGGAUUUAGAAGCCAUGGAGGCUUUUGUUUUAGAAGGAAAGAAGUUUAUACGAUUGCCAGAAGAAGAACUAGGGACGUUCUAUUCUCAAGACUGUUACGUGUUCCUUUGCCGUUACUGGGACGAUACUGACGAAAGUAUGCCAGAAGACGAAAUGGACGAUUUCCAAUGGGUUUGUUACUUCUGGCAAGGUAGAGAUGCUUCUAACAUGGGCUGGCUCACCUUCACGUUCACGCUCCAAAAGAAGUUUAAAGCACUAUUCCAAGACAAAUUAGAAGUACUCAGGACAUAUCAACAACAAGAAAACAUGAAGUUUAUGGCUCAUUUCAAAAGGAAGUUUAUUAUAAAGCAGGGAAAGAGAAACAAGAAGAUCGAUAAGAAAGACGUUGAAUUUUAUCAUUUGAGAUCAAAUGGAAGUGCCUUAUAUACGAGAUUAGUACAAAUAAAACCAGAUGCUACUUUGCUCAACUCCGCCUUCUGUUACAUUCUUAAUGUUCCAUUUGAGCAAGACGACGACUCAGGCAUCGUUUACGUCUGGAUAGGAUCUAAAAGCGACCCAGACGAGGCUAGAAUCGUUCAAGAAAUCGCAGAGGAAAUGUUCAAUAGUCCGUGGGUGACGCUGCAAGUUUUAACCGAAGGCGAAGAACCUGAUAACUUCUUCUGGUUGGGUCUCGGCGGGAAGAAGCCGUACGAACAAGAUGCGGAAUUUAUGGAAUACACGAGGCUGUUUAGAUGUUCGAACGAAAAAGGAUAUUUCAUUGUUUCGGAGAAGUGUUCAGACUUUUGUCAGGAUGAUUUAGCAGAUGAUGACAUAAUGAUCCUCGACAACGGCGAACAAAUAUUUUUAUGGUUAGGGGCCAAGUGUAGCGAAGUGGAAAUAAAAUUAGCCUUAAAAUCUGCACAGGUGUAUAUUCAGCACACGCGCGCAAAGCAACCUGAAAGGCCAGAAAAUUAUUUUUGACGCUCAAGAACAAGGAAUCGAGAAGAUUUACCAAGUGCUUCCAUGGUUGGGGUCUCCAUAAAAAACCCCUCGAGUAAUUUUACUUCUUAGUCAUUAUUAUUUAUAUUUACAUGUAUUAUAUUUAUAUAUAGGAAAGGAAAAUGUGCACUAUGAGUGGAGAUAAUCCAUCUCCCUAUCUUUAUGUGGUAAGAAAUAAGAUUCAUGUUUGAUUUUCUUAGAAAAAAAAAAACAAAAUAGCAUAUACAGUGCUUUUCAGAUAAAACUAUCCACC